CCGGUCCGCUCCCGGAAGUUGCGCAGUGGAGCCAAAUUCGAAGCCCGCGGGGACGCGGGGGCGCGGCCGCGAAGCUGGACGGGUCGAGGUUUCCUCGGCUGCCUGAUCCCCUUUAGACCAGUCAUCAUGCCUAUCCGUGCGCUGUGCACCAUCUGCUCCGACUUCUUCGACCACUCUCGAGAUGUGGCCGCCAUCCACUGCGGCCACACCUUCCACCUGCAGUGCCUAAUUCAGUGGUUUGAGACAGCACCAAGUCGGACCUGCCCCCAGUGCCGAAUCCAGGUUGGCAGAAGAACCGUUAUCAAUAAGCUCUUCUUUGACCUUGCCCAAGAGGAGGAGAGUGUCUUAGAUGCAGAAUUCUUAAAGAAUGAACUGGAUAAUACGAGAGCCCAGCUUUCCCAGAAAGGGGUGCAGUGCUGGAGCCCAAGGGCUCAGGUUCUUAUGCUGAUGGGUGAACGGGCCUUCCCCCUUCCCACCCCUGCUGCAGAGAAGGAGAAAAGGGACAGCCAGAUCAUCAUUGACACCCUGCGGGACACGCUGGAAGAGCGCAACGCCACUGUGGAAUCUCUGCAGAAGGCCUUAGACAAGGCCGAAAUGCUGUGCUCCACCCUCAAGAAGCAGAUGAAGUACUUGGAACAGCAGCAGGACGAGAGCAAACAAGCCCAGGAGGAGGCGCGCCGACUCAGGAGCAAGAUGAAAACCAUGGAGCGGAUCGAGCUCCUGCUCCAGAGCCAGCGGCCCGAGGUGGAGGAGAUGAUCCGAGACAUGGGUGUGGGGCAGUCCGCGGUGGAGCAGCUGACCGUGUACUGCGUGUCCCUCAAGAAAGAGUAUGAGAAUCUAAAAGAGGCACGGAAGGCCUCAGGGGAGCUGGCGGACAGACUGAAGAAAGACUUGUUUUCUUCCAAAAGCAAGUUGCAGACAGUCUACUCUGAACUAGACCAGACCAAGUUGGAGCUGAAGUCGGCCCAGAAGGAUUUACAGAGUGCUGACAAGGAGAUUGUGAGCCUGAAAAAAAAGCUAACGAUGCUGCAGGAAACCCUGAACCUGCCACCCGUGGACAGUGAGACUGUCAACCGCCUGGUUUUAGAGAGCCCAGCCCCCAUGGAGAUGCUGAGCCUGAAGCUUCGCCGACCAGCCUUUGGUGAUGACAUUGACCUCAACGCCACCUUUGAUGUCGACACGCCUCCAUCCCAGCCCUCCAGCAUCCAUCAUGGCCGUGCCAAGAAGCUCUGCCAAGAGAUAGCACACUCUCCCGUUCAGGACAUCCCCAAGAAGAUGCCCAAAGGCGCUAAGCAGGAGUCCCAGCUCUCACUGGGCGGCCAGCACUGUGUGGGAGAGCCAGAUGAGGAGCUAGCUAGUGCCUUUCCCGUCUUCAUCCGGAAUGCCGUCCUAGGCCAGAAACAGCCCAAGAGGGCCAAGGCAGAGCCCUGUCGCAGCAGAGAUACAGUAAGGACAGGCUUCGAUGGGCUUGGAAGUCGGACAAAAUUCAUCCAACCUACUGACACGACGAUGAUCCACCCACUGCCUGUGAAACCCAAGCCCAAGACUAAGCAGAGAGUGGGGGUGAAGAAAGCGCUCCCUCCUUCCCAGGCCAAGCUGGACACCUUCCUGUGGUAGUGAGAAUAGUGAGCCGGAUCAAUGGCCAGAUACAUGCCUCCAAUUCAUAGGCCAGGACUGGCUCAGCAAGGGGUUUGGGGGGCAAGACCCCACUUCGAGGACCAGCACCAAGGGCAAGGGUAGACAAAAAGAUGGGGGUGAGGGUGAGUCCCAGAAACUGUGCUUUACCUGCACUUACCCCCCCCCCCCCCACUGGGUCUUCCGUACUGGGCCUAUAUGUGGCUGCUGAAGUGAGGCCAGCAGGACUUCCUCCUUGUUGGAGGCUCCUGUUUGUGGCCAGAUGUGGCUGGGCUGCUUCUGAUUCUCCAGACUAAGGUCUUUUAUUGACUGUGUGGACCAAAGUGCCUGAGGCUUCUUGGGCAGCUUCAGCCUGCCCAAGCUUUUGCCUGCUUCUGACUUGCUGCAAGGCGUGGCCAGAACCGACCAGGAUGGGGAAUGAGGGGAUCAUGGUGGGGAGAAGAUUGGAGGG